CUCUGGGUUGGGCAGAAGUCUGAAGUAAACGAGUUUUCAGAACACAGGUGUGUUUACACGCGACCAAGGGUACUGCAACUGAUCCCGGGGGUGUCGGGACGUCCCAGGGUGCUAACGAGUCUACACGAAGAUGACCAAAGGAGUUGAUAUGUUGCUGUUUGUGUUGGUGUCCAGUGUAGCGUUGAUUCACGCUCAGCUGACCUGUCCGUCGGGGUCUGGAGGCAGCUGUCAAUAUGCAAAUGUAGGGCUGACCCCUACAGACAACCAGUUGCCGAACCAACACUACUACAUCGGAGGAUUGUUCGGAAUCCAUGACCGGGCACCUGACGCUUACUCCUGCGCCAAUGCAGCCAUACGCGAACGUGGGCUCCUGAAUAUGGAGGCGUUCCAUUGGGCAAUCAAGGAGUUUGGGACGAGUCAGAACGUCUCCAUCGGAGGAGUGACCCUUGAUUCGUGUUCUCGCAUCGAGCAAACCAUUGAAAAUAUUUUAAGUUUCGAAACGUGUAAAGUUGGCUUUGGUGAUUUGAAUGCUGUCUCUCCGCGUAAUCUGUUGGCAUACGUUGGACCCGACCGGAGCAGCGAGGCCAUGGCCGUUGCGACUUUACUUAAAGACAUGAACAAGACGCAGGUUACCCAUGCAGCCACUUCACCAGAACUUGGCGAUCGUGACAUGUACCCAUUUUUCUUACGAUCUGUGCCAUCUGACGAACAUGACGCUACAAUCAUUGCCCAGAUGUUAACAGCCAUGAAUAUAAAAUAUGUUUUGGGUGUUUACCUCGGAAAUUCUUACGGUCGCAGCGGAUUUCAGGCUCUCAAGUCUAAACUCACUGGAACCUGCAUGGUUUACGAGACUGAGAUGCCAGUCCUUGCUACUGAUGACCAGCUUGAGGCCAUCGCUGAGGAACUGAUCCAACGAGAGGACACGAGGUACAUCAUUGUUUACGCAGACGGAGCGAAUGCCAGAAAACUGAUGAGUGCUAUACAAACCAAAGACGCAAACAAGGUGCAGAACUUCCAUUUUAUUGGGACAUCGUCAUGGGCGGCCAACACCGAUGUCACUGAUAAUUUGUAUGUAGACGCGUACACAGUGGCCUUGUCCACUCCCGCAGGUCAGCUGACAUCAGACGUAGCGAAAUUCUACCAGUACCUGAACGGUCUGAAACCAAGCGCAAACACCUGGAAUCCGUGGUUCCAGACCUUCUGGAAUGACAAGCUCCAGUGUGGACAACGUACCUGUAACGAGGGGACCGACAGUCUGACUGGACGCUACACUCCCGAUGUUUACGUUCCGUUUACCAUACUAGCGGUGCGUUCCAUCAUCGAUGGCGUGAGGAUGGCUGCCUUGGGGGCCUGUGGUAAAUACGAUCUCUGCUCUAAUCUACUGAACCAGGAAAAUCGAGGCCAGAGAAUUUACGGAGCAAUUGAAGGCACAACUUACUUUGACGACAGGGAGCUCGCUAGCAACUACAUAUCUUACCGAAUUCUGAAGUUUAGUGUGUCCUCCGGGUAUACCGAGAUUGGAACCUACAUGCCUGGUACCGGUUCACCCUUGAAUUUGGCGCCUCAGAAUCCCAAAACCAACGCGUGCCCUGAAUCCCCGUGUCUGGUGUGUGGAGAAGUGCCCCCUUCCCCAAGUACAACCACCGUCAGAACGACGGCUGCCCCGGUCGUCACGACAACAGAUCCUACGGAGGGCGGAAAAUACAAAUUUGUAAAGUUCAUGGCCGGUCAACAUUUCACAGGGGUAUACUCGGGUGGUAUGCGUAUGGAUGACGAGUACGGAACCAGAUUUGACAUCGGCCAGAAAUGGAUCAUUGCCCUGGGCGUGCUGGCUGGUGUUGGCUGCGUGGCUGUCCUUGUAUUUGAAAUCUACAUUCUUUUCAAACUCCUGGGAACACGUAUCGGUCGUCAGUGGAGGACUAUGUGGCUCGGACAGUUGUUAUUAUUCGGCAUCUUCCUAUCAUAUCUCACACUUUUUGCAUUUCUUUUUAUCCCGACUAAGGCCACCUGCGGAAUCAUCAGGUUCGGAAUCGGAGUUUCCUACGCCACUAUUUAUUCCGUACUUCUCGUUAAGCUGAUGGUUAUUCUUACAUCAACAACAACAGAAUCUCUAAUUCCCGGCGACGUCGAAUCUCCGAACUAUCUCAAAGGUAUCUACCAAUUCCUCAUGUUUAUUUUCGCUGUCGGUGUCCAGAUGGUCAUCGAUGUCCAGUGGCUGAUCCAGGUUCCCCCGGAGGCAGUAAAAGUUGUGACGAACGGAGGCAUGGAGGCUUGGGUGUGUAACCAUUACACAUGGUCUGUAGAUUACGGCUGGGGCGACAUGCAAAACUUUGUAAGCAGCGAGUUUGAAAACCAUCUACUAUCACUUGUCUACGUUAUGUUCCUUAUCGUCAUAACAACCAUUGUUGCAAUGCGUGCCCAUGGAAUCAUCACAAAUCACCGUGAGAGCGUGUUUAUUGGUAUCGUUGCUGGAUUCUCCAUCCCGAUCUGGAUCGCCUGGGGGUUAGUUGGCGGUCUGAAUAAGAAGCUGGACAAUGGUCAUCAGUUUGGCGACGCCUGUCUGGCGUUCGGUUUGUUCAUUGUUGCUACUCUGGCCUUAUUCUCCAUGUUCUUGCCCAAGGUGAGACAACUCAUCAACAUGGGGGUCGAAGGAAUAUACCUAGAGGACGACCGUGAUACCUACUACGCCGGCUCCGUUAUCAUGGCUCCGCCCAGCUACAAGAGUCGACCAAGCUCUGUUGUAUAUGCAAAUUCAGGAGGAGUUUACAGUGAUCCAGUCAUCAUUGGAAAUGGUGGCGACCCACAUGCAGUUCACCUGAAACACCCUGGGAGUACCUACAGUGCACCUGCGUAUGUAAGGCGCGGAGACACGUAUGGAACAGGAAGUAUUGGAGGCAGCAAGGUCCUCCGUGUAACCGGAGACCUCACCGGUAAAAACCCACAAAAGCCGUCGUCUGAAAUCGGACAUUAUAGAAAAACGCGCUCAGAGAGUGGCACCCUUAGGAAAUCUCUCUCCCAUCAAAAUCUUGGAGCCCUGUGAGUUCAAUUAACAUAGGAGGGAAACGUUCUAGCUUAUUCUUACAACCAGUCAAAAAAAACGACGAAAAUGGAACAAAGAAUCUACAAACAUUGGAAUCCAGCAAGUUUACUUCAAACCUUAAUCUCGCGUGGAAUCGGACCCAAACUGUCGAUUUUUCUAAAGUUUGUUUCUAGAGAAUAUUUGAUGACUGAGAUUUUUGUGGAGACUGCUGGAGAUGGACACAAUACUGUAAGGGUUCGCGGGUGGUUUUACAGGGGAGACAACUCCUCUUACAUACUGUGAUACAUAGGAACCUGUUCACCCAAACAUUGUCCUCCAUGGAAUUCCUUCAGGGAUGGAAAUUUAAUAACAUAUAUUACAACAUCCUUUUGAAAUAUUAAGUAAAAUGCUGGAAUGAAGAUCAAGUAAAUUUAUAUAAUUUUUCAUUGUUAACAUGUAAAUUUAUAUAAUUUUUCAUUGUUAACAUGUAAAUUUAUAUAAUUUUUCAUUGUUAACAAGUAAAUUUAUACAUCGUUAACAUAACGAACAGAAUGGCCACCAGGCAAAGCCAGUGUAAGGCCUCAGAUUAGAUUAUAUAUAUAUGUGUGUAUCCUUAUAUUUUUCAUGAUACUUAUAGUUUACAAAAAGUAUUUUAACAAGUUUUGUAAUUUAAAAUCUUCAACGAAAUUUUAACAAUAACAUUGCUCUUUGUCUAUUUUUCAACAUUUUUGGCAGAGCAGCAUUUCUGUUAUUCAGGUCGAGAAUUCGGAUAUCAAAAUAAAUAUACUUUACUUUGAUAUCAGAGUUCAAUACUAAAUCGAGCCUCUCUUUGGUGAGGUCUUGAUUGGUCAAAAUCUGUUCUACAUUCACAUGUUGAAUGAGAAUAUCUUGUGUAAAUGGAAUCUAUAGCAUUUCCACGCACCACUAUGAACCUGCCAUAAGGCGUACCAUUAAACGUGUGUUGUGAGUGCGAGUCCUGUACAUGUACAGUGACUGUCUGAUAUACAAGUGUGUACCGACAUUUGACACCUGUGUGUACCGACAUGUGACACCUGUGUGUACCGACAUGCGACACCUGUGUACCUGUGUGUACUGACAUGUGACACCUGUGUGUACCGACAUGUGACACCUGUGUGUACUGACAGCGGCACCUGUGUGUACCGACAUGUGACACCUGUGUGUACCGACAUGUGACACCUGUGUGUACCAACAUGUGACACCUGUGUUUACCGACAUGUGACACCUGUAUGUUUAGAAUACAUGUGUGUUUUGUUUGUUUAUAUACAUGUUUAAGUGCGUGUGUACUAGUGUGUAUGUAUACAGAUAUUCCCUUGUGUGAUAUAAAACUGUGACAGGGAAGUGUGUUAUCCCGCCACAAAACUUUUAUUGUGAUGGCCGAGAGAAAGCAGAACCUGUCAUAACUAACAUUACUUUUGUUUACAACUUUCUGUCCACAAGAGUUUUGGAUAAAUGUUUGUUUAUUUUUGUGCUCAUAAUUAGCUUUUUGUAAACUUUAAAUUCAAGGGUUCAAUUGCAAUGAAGAUUCACCAGUGGUUUCACCAGUGGAAGCUGUCUCAAUUGUUUCACUAAAAUCCACACAAUCAUUGGCAUAUUUUGCCGGGUACUGUAUUUUUUUUGCUAGUUUUUUUUUUUUCUCAAUAAAUACCAGGUACAAAGUGUAUCAGAACCAUUUCCAUUUCAAAUUUACUAUUGUCAGAAAUAAUUGUCAUCCAUGGACUAAUAUCACCAUCCGCCAUCAUUUAGCAUCCGUGGCUCAAUUGUUGUCCUCCAUUUUCAGUUUGGACAAUUUCCUCUCAAUAACAAAGAGGCCUUAGAGUCACGAUAGUGGACCAGCAACAUGCUGAAAUUAAGGGCAACAAGUUUAGUCAAAUGAAUAUGAUUGUUAAAGCGUUUAGUAGCAGGAGAGUGAUGCAGGCCCAUUUGGCCUCUUGGGUUUUAAAUGGCCAUGAUGUUGUAGUAUUUCUAAUAAGUAAAAUGUAAGAGCGAGCUGGAAAAAUGAUCUGGAUUAUGUGAGGUAUACAAAAUGUAUUUACUUCAAACAUAAUAUAUAUGUAUACCUCCCUAAUUGUUGCCAACUCGUAGGUUUUUUAUUUUUGAGAAUUCUUGAUGUUCUGACAACGGAAGUGAGUUAAUUCUGGGGCGUAUACAUAUAUAUAGCUCCCAAAUUUUAAAUAUAAUAAUGCCAACUUGCCUCACUUAAAGACAAAAAAUGCCAAUUUUGAAAGAUAUUUUGAAUCUGAUUGAAUAAUGAUAUACUUUUGAGUGCAGUUUAUAAUCUCUUUAAUCCAGGCACAAUUUUUCUUCUUAAAAUCAGUCUGGUUUGAACUAAAUUGGUCUGAUUCCACAGAGUUCAUGCCAGUACCUGCUGGCCGUGUUCGGAUUUCACUGUGUAUUUAACAUGUAUAGAAAGUUUUGGGUAAGCUGUUAUCUUACUUGGCAUUUUUAAUUUUCUUCACAAAUCUAGGAUAAAUAUUUGUCCUAUUUUAAUUUAAAGAAGAUGGUGAAUGAUGUAUUUUUGUAUAUUGUGUAGAAGUUGUAUAUAUCCGACUGUUACUACUAGAAUCCACUCUCGAUAAGCUAUAGUGCUCAUAUUUCGCCGCGGAUUCAAAUAAUCCCUCACAAAUUUAUUUCAAGUACAAAACCAUAUUUUAUCCUGAAAAUACAAGCACUAUCUGUAUGGUAUGUCUCCCAGCGUAUAUAUAUAUAUAGCCGUUUUGUUUCCACUUGUGGAAAACCCUAGUUAGGGAUCUUGUACAAUACUGCUUAUUCCUAAAAGCAGCUUUCCAUCAAAAUCAUUAAUGUUCAUACUCAAUUAUGCAAGAUAUAUGACUUUUGUAUGAGAAAUAAACAAAUAUAUUGUUAAA